AUGGAAUUUUAUCGGCACUACCCUCCAAGCAACAGAGAGCCGGUACAACCCACCAAGCAACAGACAGUCGACACAACCCUCCAAGCAACAGACAAUCGGCCCAAUGGUCAGAGACGAGAGAACAAUUUCGAUCCUGGCGGACUUGGCCGCAAGUUUGCGGCGGGCCAAUGGAAGAGACGAGAGAACACUUACUGUCCUGGUGGACAUGGCCGCAAGGUUACGGCAGGCGACUGGGCCUUCAGUCCCUCCUGGCGGUCGUAA